AUAAAAAGAGAAAUGUUCUGAAUUUUGACAAAACACAUCAUGCGCGGCCUCACUGCUCUCGCUUUGGUGUUGGUCGUGGUGACAGUAGAAUGUCUGCCACGACCCUUCCUUUUCGAAGGGCUGACCAAUCUACAUAACUUGUUGGCCGGAGAUAAAAAACUCCGCCUCAAUAAAGACGGACUGACCCUUGAAAAUGAAAAUACCAUAACUCAUUACGACAAAUCGGAAUCAUCGAACGAGGAGUCUAAUUACAACGACUACAAAGAUGACAACAAUAAAUAUGAAGCCGGUUCCGAAAGAAAGUCCUAUGAAAAGGACGAAUCGGCUUACAAAGAGAAGACGUCAGACAAGCUAAACCUUAGUCUCGAAGGACUGUCGAUGUCUCAGUCUAAAUCCAUCUCAGCUGAGAGGUCAAGCAUCGAUGCCGAAUCUAACAAGAGCUACACUGAAGAAGAAAAUGAGGACGGCUCGAAACGCACCGACUCCGAAGCUAAUAAAUACAAGGAAUCCACGAGCACCUACACCGAGGAAUCUACGAAGGAGUUCGGACUUGGCCUCGGAGGUAUAAAGAACAAACAAACGAGCGACAAAACCUACAAGGAGGAUGAAGUACAAUAUGAUUCUGGAAAGACCAAGACAGUCGAAAAAAAAAACAUCGAUGACGUUGCUCACGAGAAGGUCUCAAAGUCUGCAUACGACAACUCCGACAGUAGCUCCAAGUACGCCAGGGAGGUUUCUGAAGAAUCCAAAAACUACAACGCGGAUGAAGCUCAAGCUCUUCUGAGAGGCGAAUCUGCAGAAGGCGAAAGCACGAAGAAACACGACAUCUACCUGAAUGAAGACAGCAAAUCCAAGCACAAAACUACAGAAUCAGUGACAGAAACCAAAGAAAAAAUAUCUAGACCAAAAAGAUCAUUAUCCGCAAUCAGAUCGAAGGUUGUUUCUUCAAGCUCAUCAUCAUCAUCAUCAUCAUCUUCUUCUUCCUCUAGUUCUUACAGCUCUGCUUCUAAUGAUGGCGAUGUCGUUGUUUCGAAAACUUCCGAAAACGAGUCAGAAGAAGCAAGCGCCAAUAACGACAGCUAUUAUUCAAGCCAAUACGAUUCUGAUGGUAAAUUUGUCGAGGAAAAGUCUGAAUCAAGUGAUGCUAGCAAGUCUGCUGACGCCAGCGCAUCUUCCGAAUUCCUUGAGAUUGAUAAUUCCAAUGGACAGGGAAGCGUAGUUCACGAAAAGUCUGAUGAAAGCGCUUCUAGCAAGUCUUCUGACGCCAGCGCAUCUUCCGAAUUCCUUGAAAUUGAUAACACCCACGGACAGGGAAGCGUAGUUCACGAAAAGUCUGACGAAAAUGCAUCUAGCCAGUCUUCUGACUCCAGCGCAUCUUCUGAAUUCUUUGAAAUUGAUAACUCCCACGGACAGGGAAGCGUAGUUCACGAAAAGUCUGACGAAAGUGCAUCUAGCCAGUCAUCUGACUCUAGCGCAUCCUCAGAAUUCUAUGCGCGUGAUAAUUCUCAAGGCAAUGAUAACGUUGUUCAUGAAAAGUCGGAAGAAAACGCGUCUAACCAAUCUUCUGAAUCCAACGAGUCUUCUGAAUCAUAUGUAAGCGACAAUUACAUUGAACAUGAAAAUGUUGAAGCCAAGGAAUCAGCUGAACACAAUUCUGCCGAUUACGAUCACAGCUCAGAUAGUGUAAACCAUCAAUCCAGCUCUAACCACGAAUCUGCUGCUCACGAACAGAGCUCAGAGAUUGUGAACGAAGCAUCCAGCUCUAAUCACGAAUCUGCUGCUCACGAACAGAGCUCAGAGAUUGUGAACGAAGCAUCCAGCUCUAACCAUGAAUCUGCUUCUCACGAACAGAGCUCAGAGAUUGUGAACGAAGCAUCCAGCUCUAACCACGAAUCUGCUGCUCACGAACAGAGCUCAGAGAUUGUGAACGAAGCAUCCAGCUCUAACCACGAAUCUGCUGCUCACGAACAGAACUUAGAGAUUGUGAACGAAGCAUCCAGCUCUAACCACGAAUCUGCUGCUCACGAACAGAGCUCAGAGAUUGUGAACGAAGCAUCCAGCUCUAACCACGAAUCUGCUUCUCACGCACAGAGCUCAGAGAUUGUGAACGAAGCAUCCAGCUCUAACCACGAAUCUGCUUCUCACGAACAGAGCUCAGAGAUUGUGAACGAAGCAUCCAACUCGAAUUACGAAUCUGCUGCUCACGAACAGAGCUCAGAGAUUGUGAACGAAGCAUCCAGCUCGAGUUACGAAUCUGCUGCUCACGAACAGAACUCAGAGAUUGUGAACGAAGCAUCCAGCUCUAACCAUGAAUCUGCUUCUCACGAACAGAGCUCAGAGAUUGUGAACGAAGCAUCCAGCUCUAACCACGAAUCUGCUGCUCACGAACAGAGCUCAGAGAUUGUGAACGAAGCAUCCAGCUCGAGUUACGAAUCUGCUGCUCACGAACAGAACUCAGAGAUUGUGAACGAAGCAUCCAGCUCUAACCAUGAAUCUGCUUCUCACGAACAGAGCUCAGAGAUUGUGAACGAAGCAUCCAGCUCUAACCAUGAAUCUGCUUCUCACGAACAGAGCUCAGAGAUUGUGAACGAAGCAUCCAGCUCUAACCACGAAUCUGCUGCUCACAAACAGAGCUCAGAGAUUGUGAACGAAGCAUCCAGCUCUAACCACGAGUCUGCUGCUCACGAACAGAGCUCAGAGAUUGUGAACGAAGCAUCCAGCUCGAGUUACAAAUCUGCUGCUCACGAACAGAACUCAGAAAUUGUGAACGAAGCAUCCAGCUCUAACCACGAAUCUGCUUCUCACGAACAGAGCUCAGAGAUUGUGAACGAAGCAUCCAACUCGAAUUACGAAUCUGCUGCUCACGAACAGACCUCAGAGAUUGUGAACGAAGCAUCCAGCUCCAAUCACGAAUCUGCUGCUCACGAACAGAGCUCAGAGAUUGUGAACGAAGCAUCCAGCUCUAACCACGAAUCUGCUGCUCACAAACAGAGCUCAGAGAUUGUGAACGAAGCAUCCAGCUCUAACCACGAAUCUGCUGCUUCUGAAAACAACGAAUAUUCCCACUCCCAAAACGACGAGAGUAAUUACGAAGAAGUAAAAGACAACACAAUCAAGGCUGGUGUUGAAGCGUCAGAGAGCUCUUUCUCCUCAAACCAAAACUCUGAACAAAACAGCCAUUCCCAAGAGUCUGAAGCUAAUAAACAGGUAACAGAAGAAUCGCGUAACACAGCUCAAUACGAGAGCAAGGAUGCUGGCGUUAAAAAAGAUGUGAGCGCUGACGAAGCAACUUAUGUCAACGAGGAAUCGUCAAACUCUAACGAGCAUUCAUCAAGCGAGAACAUAAAAUACGCAAGCAGCGACCAACAAGAGUCUAAAAAAGACUCCGAGAACAACAAAUAUGUAGAAGAAACAUCAAACAGUUUUACCGCUGAAGAAAAUUCAUACGAUAGUUCCAACUCGGCGAGCAAGAAUUCGGAGUCGAAUGAGAAUAUUGUCAAGAAAGGAGAUGCAUCUUACAUUGAUCAAGACUCUAGCAAUCAUGAGGAGUCGUCUGCUUCAGAAUCAGCUUUUGCCAGUGAAGAAAAACGUAGAGAAGAUGGUUCCUACUACAGCAGCGAAGAAUCAGCGAAUAGCGACAAAACUGCAGCAAGUGGUUCAGAGUCCACCAAGAAAGUUGUUGAGGAUGAUGGCUACUUGCAUAAAGACGAGGCGUCUAGUGCAUUCGACGAAUCAUCCAGCGAAGACUCCAACCACAGCGACGUUGUCUCAGUUUCAAGCGACGGCUCGUUAAUCAGCAACCAAGAGUCAAGCCAAAGUUCUGCGGCGUCCAGCAGCUCGUCUGAAGACCUGAGUCAUGUGGAAAUUACCGAAAAUUCACGCGAAGAGCGUCAACAUUCAAGCGACAGCGACGAAUCCGCAAACAGCGCCGCAGAAAGGAGCAGUUACCACGCCAAGAGCGAAGGUGCUGAAAUCGUCCAGGAACACGAAAGCGAUUCCGAUAAUUACGAACGUAGCGAAUCAGAGGCCGACAGCUAUUCACGUGUUAACGAAGACGGCUCCACUUUGGACAAAGAGUCUAAGUCGGAUAGCCAACGGGUUGUAAACAGUGGCUCUGAGAAGUCUAGCUACAUCGCGUCCAACGAAGACGGUACCUACAGGAACGAGCAAAAGGCCAAAGAGCACUUCGAUUCUUUGGACAGCUCAUCAACUAGUAACAGCCAUGUUGAGACAAGAGCCGACGGAUCAUACCUCAACAGCAAGCAUUCCCGGGAUAGCGACAACCUCGAAUCCAACGCUUCGGACAAAAGUAGCUCCGUCGUAAUCGAUCACGAUAAAACAGUCGCUGAAGAUAGCUCAAGCAGUUCCCAACAAUCAGAAUCUAAAGUCUCGGAAUCAGGCUUCCAUUUGACAAAGGACGCUGACGGUUCAAUCACAGAGAGCGAAUCUUCCACAGACAAUGUCCAUUCAGCUAAACAAGAUUCUAAAAGCUACAAUUACGACCAACAGAAUGCUGAUGGUUCUUACUUGAUUGAUCAAAAUGCUAGCGAGCAUUCCGACACGUCGAACAGUAAUAACUAUGACGGUAGCUUCUACAACAUAAACCCUGACGGAUCAUACGUAGACAGUAUAGAGUCCAGAAAGAGCGAGGAUUCCCACCUCCUUGACGCCAGCAGUAACACCCACGAAUCAGUAGGUAAAGAUGGCUCAUACCUCCACGAUCACAGCGAUAGUUAUUCCGAAGAAAAUUCAGACAGCGGAAGCAAUUCAAAUGACUUCUUGUCGAAAGACAAGGACGGUACUUUAGUAGCCCACGAAAUUCAAUCUAAAUACGAAAAUUCCAAUCACAAUGAGGCCGAUAACAGUAAAUUCGUGUCUGACGAUGGUCAUGGCAACUACGUGAGAGAUGAAUCCUCCAGCCAGAAUUCUGGAUUCUCCUCAUCAAGUUCUGGAAAGAAUGAUUAUAAAAGCGUAGACGUUAACGGUAACUUUGUUGGUAAUGAGCAAUUGUAUGACAGAGACCGUUCUGGAAGCUCCUCCUCCAGUUCCAAUCUAUACGAAGAGACCAACGACGAUGGAUCUGCUGUUAAAGAGUACAACACGCACGAAAAGGAAGCAUCUAACUCACGCGACACUACGUCUUCCGAAAAUGUUAUAGACAGCGUAGUCGGAUACAUCAAGAAACAAGAAUUCAGAGACAGCGCUGCAUCGCAUGACAAGGAAAGCGAAUAUAACUCCCAUGAAUCCGUCGACAGUGAAGGAAACACUGUUACAAGCGAACAUAAGGCUGACAGGGAAGAGUCUUCUAGCUCCAACGUUGAAAAAGAUAGGUAUGUGAUAUCAAACGAACAUGGCACCUUGUUCGGCGACCAGUCCAGCGACAGCCAGCAAUCUGCGAGCAGCGACUCUAAUAAUGAUUACUUCGUAGCUGUUGGUGAAGAUGGGUCUAAAGUUGAGGCCCAUAGCGAAAGUUCGAACAAGGAGUCGUCUCAGCAGUCUUCAAGCAGCGAAGUAGUUGUUAGCGACGACGGAGAUUCAAGUUACGGAGAUGAUAAGAGUUACAGUUCAAGAUCUUCGAAAUCUAGCUCAUCUUCUUCAUCGUCCUCGUCUUCCUUCUCCAGAUCCAGUUCUUCAUCAAGUUCGAGGUCAAGUUCUUCAGGAUUUAAAUCACAUUCCUUUGGAUCUAGAGGUUCCUCCUUGCUGUCCAGACUUAGAAACAGAUUCGGUUAAAUUAUUACCGAUUGUUUUUUAUUUUUUCCCUUAGUGUUGAAGGGUAAUGUGUUUUUAUGUAUUUUGGGCGUAAAUAAAUUUAUUGCAUCAUAA